UCGUCCUCCUCCUCGUCGUCGUCGUCUUCUCCGUCGUCCGGUGAUGAAACGAAGAAAAAAAAGAAGAAGAAGAAAGCCAAGAAGAAGUCAAAGAAGAAGCAGGCCAAGCUGAAAAAGCGGCGCAAGAAGGAGAAGAAAAAGAAACUGAAGAAGAGGAAAGUGGAGGAGGAGAAGAAGACGACGAAGGUGGACGAUAUACAGAAGAGGCUGAUGCAGCUCGCUGAGCCGCUUAGCAUCCCUCCACCCAAACCUUCCUCCUCGCUGGAGCUUUGGCAGAGCGACGAAGGCGGUGUCGAGCUCGGCCCAGUGAUGACGGAUGAGCAGAAGUCCCGGCUGGCCACCAGAAGGCCUCUGACCAAGGAGGAAUACGACGCCCGGCAGAGCGUCAUCCGUAGAGUGGUCGAUCCUGAAACGGGGCGCACCAGAUUAGUGCGAGGUGAGGGUGAGAUCAUCGAGGAGAUCGUCAGCAGGGAGAAACACAAAGACAUCAACAAGCAAGCCACCAAGGGAGAUGGCAGCUCCUUCCAGAGAAUGCUGGGGCUCAACAGAUAGGCACUCGAGGCUACGCUUGGGCACACUUGGAGAUAAAAAGCUCACGGAAGAUGUCUAUAUAUUUUAGAUAAAAGUCAUACUUUUUUUUCAGAUUGAAAAAACAAAAUUAAGAAUAAAAAAACAUGCAGUGUGACAAAAAAA